CCCUACCGUCACGCCGCCGCCGCCAUGGCCUCCUCCUCAUCUCCGGCGAAGCGCCGGCCACCGGGCCCACUGGCUCUGGGCCUGGAGUCCUCGGCCAACAAGAUCGGCAUCGGCGUCGUCUCCAUGUCCGGGGAAAUCCUCUCCAACCCGCGGCACACCUACAUCACGCCGCCCGGCCACGGCUUCCUGCCCCGGGAGACGGCGCAGCACCACCUCGUCCACCUCCUCCCGCUCCUCCGCGCCGCGCUCGCCGAGGCCGGCGUCUCCCCCGCCGACCUCGCCUGCGUCUGCUACACCAUGGGCCCCGGCAUGGGCGGGCCGCUCCAGGUCGCCGCCGCGUCGGCCCGGGCCCUGUCGCUCCUCUGGGGGAAGCCGCUCGUCGCCGUCAACCACUGCGUCGCGCACAUCGAGAUGGGCCGCGCCGUCACCGGCGCCGUCGACCCCGUCGUGCUCUACGUCUCGGGCGGCAACACGCAGGUCAUCGCCUACAGCGAAGGCAGGUACAGGAUCUUCGGGGAGACCAUCGAUAUUGCCGUCGGGAAUUGCCUCGACCGCUUUGCCAGGAUCCUCGAGCUUUCAAAUGACCCGAGCCCUGGGUAUAACAUUGAGCAGCUAGCAAAGAAGGGAGAGAAGUUCAUCGAUCUCCCUUAUGUUGUAAAAGGUAUGGAUGUGUCAUUUAGUGGCAUAUUGAGCUUCAUAGAAGCUGCAGCGAUUGAGAAGCUUAAAAGUAACGAGUGCACACCUGCAGACCUAUGCUACUCAUUGCAGGAAACUCUCUUUGCUAUGCUUGUUGAAAUCACUGAACGUGCCAUGGCACAUUGUGAUUCAAAGGAUGUUCUUAUUGUUGGUGGCGUUGGAUGCAAUGAACGUUUGCAAGAGAUGAUGAGGAUUAUGUGCUCAGAGAGAGGGGGUAGGCUGUUUGCAACUGACGAUCGCUAUUGUAUAGACAAUGGAGCGAUGAUUGCAUACACUGGUUUACUGGCAUAUGCACAUGGUGUGACCACUCCCUUGGAGGAGUCGACAUUUACUCAAAGGUUCCGAACUGAUGAAGUUCAUGCAAUUUGGAGGGAGAAGGAGAUGCCAGUGUUAAAUAACAUCCAUUCUGAUGCAGUGACUGAAGUGUCCGUAGAUGGAGUCUCUCUGCCCACUCCAAUGGCUGUAGAGUCCUGAGGUUAAUUCGUAGAGUUGCGGGUGCCAUCCCUUCAUGGUUUCAGAGGAACAUCAAAAUUCUGCGGUCCCCUCUGCUUGAUGAUCGGAAGUGUUGGUAGCAUCAGGGCAGACUGCCUUGUACUGUUGUGCGUCUUACAAUGACUGACUGGAAUGUCUCACCAGCUGCAGAGCUGGAGGACAUUGACAUAACCUUGUAACACUGACCCAUUAACGCUACAUAACUUCGAUCAACAUCUGGUCAAUUAACUUCCGAUCCUAUGUUUGAUCCCUGUAUUUCAUGCAAAAGCGAACUUAAAGUUGGGAUAAGUUGAUGUGGUUAGCAGUACCCAUUUUGAAAGUUAUACUUUGGUGUUACCUGUUGUCUCCAGGCAACACAGUUAUACAUAUUGUUUUGUA